AUGGCAAUAGCAAACGCAUUGUUUGAUACUGAAGACGAUGAAGAUACAAAUAAUUUACGCUAUGUUGAUAUUCCUUAUGCUGCAAAUGAUAUUAAACAAUUUCUGUCUAUUAUUAUGAAUUCACCAUUAUUACCAAUAGAAGAAGCUAUUAAACCGUUAGUUCAUUUAAUUGAUGAUAUUGCAACAAAAGUCUAUAUUAUUAAACAAAAAUUGACUACCGAUGAUACUGAUGAUCUAACACUAGAUGAAUUAGCAGCAAUUCAUCUAUACAUUUGGGAAGGAUCACAACCUACAAAAUGCAUUUAUUAUCUUCUUAAUGAAAUAAUUCGUCAUGAAUUUCCAGAAGAAUUUCAAUUAUGGCAUCCAUAUUUAAACUUAUUAUUAACAGCUCUUGGUAAAUUACCAUCAAUAGGACAUCAUUGUAUAGUCUAUCGUGGUGUACGCUUAUGUGAUUUAUCCAAUGAGUAUAAAGAUGAUGGCAUAUAUACAUGGUGGACUUUUGGCUCAUGUUUACGCUCGCUUGAUCAAAUGAAAUCACCCAGAUUUUUAGGUAAACAAGGUGUACGUACUGUAUUUAAAAUUGAUUGUUAUAGUGGAAAACGACUUCCAUUAUCGGAAGAUGACGAAAUCAUAUUGACGCCAGGAUUUCAUUUUCAAGUUGUUGGAAAACUACGUUCACUAGACGAUUUAAACACAAUUUAUAUUCGAGAAAUAUCAUCAUCCUCAACUGAAAUCAUAUUACCUGUGCCAGUUGUUACAACAAUAGAAGAACCUGAAGAACCAUUAUCAUUAAUAGUUAAAACAAUACCACAAGGAAAAUCAUCAAUGAAAUCACGAAAAAGUCUCAAGAAUACUACAUAUCGAAUAAUAAAAAUGUCAAAAGUAUUACAUGUAUGUUCGGAUCAUAUUCUUGAAUUAUCUGGUAAAAGAUUGCGUAUUGAUGAUUUAAAACAUAUUCUAAAUGAACGAUUAACACAAAAAAUAACAAUUCUAAAUUUGUCUAAAACAAAUUUAACAAAAGCAAAAGUAAAAGUCAUUGCUGAAAUAUUACGAACAAAUUUAACUCUUAUUGAACUUAAUUUAAGUUAUAAUCCAUUGGAUAAUGCUGGUUGUUUGCUAAUCGCUCAAGCAUUACAUGGCAAUAAACAUUUGAUAACAUUGAAUUUGUACAAUACAAAACUAUCUUGUAAUGCUGGUCAAUAUCUAGCUGAAAUGUUGUUAUUGAAUCAUCAUCUACGUUCUCUACAGUUGGGUGUUAAUUCACUUGGUAAUUUGGGAGUAAAAUAUUUGCUAUAUGAUAAUAUACAAUUACAUCAUUUAGAUUUACAUUGUAAUAAAAUUGAUCAAGACGGUUGUCAAUACAUAGCUAACUUGUUAGAAAAAAAUCAAACACUGGCACAGCUAGAUGUGGGUGGUAAUCCAAUUAAAGAUAACGGAAUUAACAUACUUUGUAACGGUUUAAUGAGGAACCAGACAUUAAUCGAUUUACAUAUAUGGCAUUGUCAAAUCAGUAAUCUCGAAACAAUAUGU